AUGUGGAAGCGUCGCUGUCACGCUAUUGUUUUCGGAUAUACUGGCCUCCCUAAGGAGUGUUGCUGUUGGUGGCACCGACAUCAAUACAGAAAAGUAGGAAGGCUCAGUGGUUGGUGGCGGCGUAGUGGCUGGUGGCUGAGUAGUGGCUGGUGGCUGCCUAGUGUUGGUGCCAACGCAGUGGCUGGUGGCAGCAUAGUGGUUGGUGGCGGUGUAGUGGUCGUUGGCUGCGUAGUGGCUGGUCGCGGCGUAGUUGCUAGUGGCUGCGUAGUGGCUGGUGGCGACGUAGUGAUUGGUGGCGGUGUAAUGGUCGUUGGCUGCGUAGUGGCUGGUGGCUGCAAGGUGGCCGGUGGCGGGGUAGUGGCUGGUGGUGACGUAGUGGUCGAUUGUGACGUAGUGGUCGGUGGCGACGUAGUGGCUGGUGACGACGUAGUGGUCGGUGUUGACGUCGUGGUCGGUGGCGACGUAGUUGUCGGUGGCAGUGUAGUGGUCGGUGGUGACGUAGUGGUCGGUGGCUGCGUAGUGGCUGGUGGCGACGAAGUGGUCGGUGGCGAGUUAGUGGUCGUUCGCGGUGUAUUGGUUGGUGGCCGCGUAGUGGUCGGUGGCGGUGUAGUGGUCGGUGGCGACGAAGUGGUCGGAAGCGACGUAGUGGGUGGUGGCAACGUAGUGGUCGUUGGCUGCGUAGUGGCUGGUGGUGACGUAGUGGUCGGUGGUGACGUAGUGGUCGGUGGCGACGUAGUGGCUGGUGACGACGUAGUGAUCGGUGUUGACGUAGUGGUCGGUGGCGACGUAGUUGUCGAUGGCAGUGUAGUGGUCGGUGGCGGUGUAGUGGUCGGUGGUGACGUAGUGGUUUGUGACGUUGUCCUGAUUGUUGUAACUCCGGCGAGGAUGUCGUUCACUACCCUGCCAUUGCCCUUAUAG